GAUAUAUCGAAGCUCGAAUUGGUUGUACAACAUUAUCACAAAGUGGCUCGAGUAUAAAAAGAUGCCUCAUAGGCGAGAAUCACUUUAUUUUGCCUUAGCCUUCCGUGGGAUCAGUGUUUAGUCACUUGGGUGCUUCACUUGGAGAGCUUUUAGCACUGAUUUUCCUUUAUUUUUUUUUAAAUUCCCUCAAAAUCUUGUUGAAAUUAUCCCAUUUUUGGUGGGGGACAUAAAAAUAAAAGUGCAAAAGUGAAAAGAGGUGGUUGUUGCUUUAUUUAUUUUUGGACGAGAGCGUGCCAAAAUUGAUGGACUAAUAAAGUGAUUGAGUGCGCAAGAGUGCCGUUCUUGGACACCAAUUCCCCUUCAAAACAUUUAUGCAGCAAGGACGUCUUGCGGGGUGACAUAAAGAUAAUCGUGAGCAUCGAUUGCGAUGGCACACAACGAGAGCUCAACUGAUCCUCAGGUUAUUACGGUGCAACCAUCAUCACCUGCACCGCAUGCCAUACAUACGGACACCCGCCGCAAGGUGAGCAUUGUGACAGACCCCGUGGAGGCACGCCAUGGGUACGACAAUAUGGGAUUCGAGCAAAACCCAAAGCGGAAAAUAUCUCAGACUUCAGAUCAUUCUGAAAUUGGACCAGUCCACCGGAAGAGUAUCCUCCAUAACACCACAAUGGACAACGAGUCCCUUCAGAGUCAUCAUUCGCACGAUGCUAAAGCCAACAAUGGUGAUGCACGCAUGAAGAAGCAUUCCACCGCCGAGAGCUACCAUUCCCGUGCUCCAGCUCAUCAGGAUGAAAAUCACCUGGAGCACUCUUGGAUAUUUGCAUUUUGUAUGCGUUGCCGCACAACCUACACAACACCAUCGUGGGAACCAAAAUAUUGGCAGAAGAUUUGCCCAUUCCCCCUUUGCCCCUCAUACCGGCAAUUUGCAAACUUGCUAGCCCUCAUCCUUAUUGGGGUACUCAUUUGGGUAACGGCCUUUGCAAUCAUAGGUGAUUCUGCAGCACCUGGAGGUCAGCUCUUUGGUCUCGUGGUACUAACUGUUGCCGCCAAUUUUGGCGGUUGGCUCAUGUCUCUCACAACACUGCCACGCCUAAUUGGCAUGCUUCUCGUUGGUAUCCUCUUCCAGAAUGUUGGUUGGGUAAAUCUCGAAGGAGAAUUUUCACACGUAACAGCUGAACUUCGUAAAUUUGCUUUAGUCAUCAUUCUAAUUAGAGCUGGACUUGAGAUGGACCCAGAUGCCUUUAAGAGGGUCUACAUUACAAUCCUCAAGCUUGGUCUCGUUCCGUGGACAGUUGAAGCCGUUAUAAUUGGCGUCAUGACCCACUUCCUGUUGGGACUUCCAUGGAUUUGGGGAUUUAUGCUUGGUUCCAUCAUUGCAGCCGUAUCGCCGGCUGUUGUGGUGCCUUGCCUCUUUAGAUUGCGCACCAAAGGCUAUGGUGUGGCCAAAGGUAUUCCAACGCUCAUUGUAGCAGUGGCUGGAAUUGACGAUGCUGCCUCUGUGGCAGUUUUUGGGAUCAUCAGCAGCAUCAUGUUCUCCGAAAGUAGUCUCGGCUAUCAGAUUGCCCAGGCGCCGGUUUGCAUAGUCGGAGGACUUGGCUUUGGAGUUGUUUGGGGCUUCCUGAGUCGCUAUGUCCCCGAAAAGGGUGACCCCUAUGCCGUUCCAAUACGAACAUUGAUGCUCUUUGGGGGCGGACUCCUGGCUGUUUUUGGGAGUGAAAUGAUUGGUUUCGAGGGUGCUGGACCCCUUGGGGUGGUCUUUGCUGCUUUCGUCAGCAAUUACUUUUGGUGCCAGCAGGGCUAUGAUAUGGAAGACAACCCUGUGUCAACGGCCUUUGAGAUAUUCUGGAUGAUCUUCGAACCGAUUCUUUUCGGAAUUACGGGGGCGGCUGUGAAGAUCAAUGAACUAGACGCCGAUAUGGUGUACCUGGGCCUAGCAUGCCUUGUUACCAGUGGAGUAAUCAGAAUUUUGAGCACAAUUGCCAUUGCCUUCGGGGAUGGGCUCAAUUGGAAGGAGAGAAUUUUUGUGGCUCUCUCGUGGUCAGCCAAGGCUACUGUACAAGCAGCCCUUGGACCUGUGGCCAUGAAGUACUUGACAGAUAACUCAUCUGACGACGAACGAGAUUGGGCGGAUAAAACUCUAACACUCUGUGUCCUCAGUAUCGUCCUCACAGCUCCUCUCGGAGCUAUUCUCAUCUCCAUUACCGGAACCAAAUUACUCACGAAAACUCGACAGCCGCACAUUGUUGAAGGUUGGCGAAGAAGCCACCGACCAUCCCUCAGGGAUAUUAGCAUUAUCGACGAGGAGGAAGAGCGCGAGGAUCCGGAGGAUGUUCCCGACAAAUCCACCAUCAACAACACCAAAACCAACACACACGUCUCACCCAAUGAGCCCGUCUUCACGGUCACAAAGUAAAUAUCAUCUCAUCUUACGUGUUAUACGCCACCCGCUUCCUUUUAAUCUAAAAAAAAACCCAACCAACCAACCCCCCUCUACAUCCACAACAUCAACCCCCCUACAGUCCAAAGCCAAUAUAAAGUGAAAAUCCCAAUUUUCUCUUUGAAGUGAGAAAAUAAUUCACAAAGUAUUAAGUGAAUUCAAAGGAAAGCCCAAGAAAAAAAAGAGAAAUACUUAAGAAAUUUUCUUGUGAUAGAAAUACGAGAAUUUAGAUAAGAAUUAAAUCAUUGUAGGUUCUAAAAGAAAAAAAAAAUGCGACUUCAAUCGAUCCCUCAUCAACGAUGAUUUUGCCAACCCCCGCACGCUUUCUUUCUUAUUAGUCUUUUCGCGUGCCAUUCUGUGGACAAUGCGGGGAAAGAAUGGAGAGCUCAUUGGGAGAUAAGGCACCAAGAAGAAAAAAAAGAACGAAGCAAGACUGGCUCGCGCGAAUUAUUGACUUUUAUUGGUGCCACGCGCACCAUUUCUUGUAAUUUUCCGAAAAGAGGUGUGCAGCAAUUUUCUUUGGGGACACAUCACACGCAAAAAACAACCAGCACGAGAUUAGAAGCCGCAGCAAUAAAGAUUGAAAGAGUGGGAGCAAUUUGCGGGCGAACCUAAUGACUUGGCAACGUGUCAUCCGUAUGGGUCGUUUUCUGAUGGUUUGGUGGCCCCAAAGUGGGCCAUAAGAAUCAGGCCACGAGACCUCUCGAGUGGGGCUCUCCUCCAGAUGAUCUCCAUUGAUUUGAGCACACUCCUGGCCCAUGGCAAAUUACCCCAUUAUCAGCUUCCUCCCGAUAUCAAUCACCAGCUGGGUUGUCAUGUUGUCGUGUCACUCAAAUCUCACAAACAGCGCACCUCCGUACAUCGAGAAAAGAACCCGACGACCCACCCCCUCACACCCUCUCGCUUCCGAAAGACAAGGGAGCCAGAAGAGACAAGGGAAAAAAAAGUGAGCAAAAAGAGGUGAUAAAAUUCCGAUGACUAUCAGCUGAGAGUCAAUAAAAAUUUAUAGUCUCUA